AUGACCUCAACCGCCUCCCGGGGCCCGAUGCCCCAAAUACCAAUAACCCCAACUAACCCCAACACCACCUCCAGCACCACCACCUCCUCCACCAACGUCAACACCCUCAGCCCCCUAACAAACUGGAAAUCCCUAAACCAAACUGCCUACGGUUCGCGCCACAUCCACGACCCCGCCCCCUUCACCCUUUGGAACCCCCGAGCCAAGUCCUUCCGCGACCCAACAGACCGUGAACUCUCCUGGCUCUUCUCGGUCUACAACGCAAAACGGCUCGAUCUCUCGUACCCGGUCAUCACCAUCGUCACGGAUACGAUUCCCGACCCCGUGCCGCUGACUAUCGCCUGCGUUGCGGUGCGGCUUGUAAGAAGUGCCGAGGUAGGGUUGUUUAGGGAGGGUGUUGUUGAGACGAAUGCGUGCGACUAUGCGGAUGAGGGUUUGCCGGAUCAUGUGGGGUUUAGGUUGAGGAUGUGGAAGUCGCCGACGGAGGCGCAGGUUGAGAGGAUUGUUAGGGCUUUGGGUGAUGCUGGUGCUAAUGUAAAGGCUGUGACGUGGGCGGGGCCGUGGUGCUUCGUUGAGCUUGUUACUGGGGACAGACGAGUUUAUGGGAAGGGUUUUUUGCCUGGGAUUAUUGCCGGGAGGACGGUUGCGUAUCAUCAUUCGGAGAGGGGAUUGUUCGAGGAUGUCAGGGAUGAAGCGUCACUACGGGAUUUGAAGGAUAGUAACCAAACCACCCGCGAGAACCCAGGUCUCCAUCUCGGCGGCGUACUAGGGAACAGCUUUACGCGACUCGUACGGUCGAAUGAAGUCGCCGACGGCGCGUGGUGCAGUGCUAAUAGUCUCUCGACAGGGAAGGUGUAUUUCCAAUGUAUUGGGAUUCGGGCGGUGGUGCGUGCUUCUUCCUCGCAGAGUCAGACUGAGACUAAGACUCCCGGCGUAAAUUAUGAGAUAGAGAGGGUGUUUAGCGUGUUUAAUCCCUCGCAGGGACGGAAGAUACAGAAUCUAAGGGGGGUGCCUAUGGUUGAGGAGAGUUCUUUGCUGGAGAGGUAUAAGGGGGGAGGGGUGUUUGGGUUCUUUCGGGAUGGAGAUUAUGAUAUGGCGUUUUGUACGGUGUUGGAUGAUAUUGUGGAUGCGGGAUGGGAGUUGUGUUGA